AUGGGAUGCUGCGGAGCCAAAGCUGAAAAUAAACAAAUCGAAAUGAGUAAAGAACAAAAAUGUAAAAAUGCUCAUAAUUAUGGUAGCCCUUGCCAUUAAUAAAUUUUAGGUAGGUCCAGAUAUCUUUAUUAACUUAAAGCAAGGUGAUAUAUCAGAUAAUUAUAUCAUUAAUAAAAUCUUAGGAGAAGGUAUCAAAAUCUUUAUCUUUAGGUUCAUAUGGUCAAGUAAGAUUAGUCUAACAUAAGAAAUCUGGUCAAUAAAGAGCCAUGAAAUAGAUUUCAAAAAAGAAAAUACUCAAAGAUUAAGAAGAGGCAAUGUUUAGUGAAGUGAAUUUACUUAAAAAUAUGGAUUAUCCUUCCAUUGUUAAAUUAUAUGAAUUAUACUAAGACCGUCAAAAUUAUUACCUUAUCACAGAAUAUCUUAAUGGAGGAGAACUACUUGAUAAAUUGACUAAAUUACAGUCUUUUAACGAAAGAAUGGCAGCAGAAUAUAUGAAGUAAGUUCUAUCAGCACUUGCCUAUUGUCAUGCAUAAAACAUCAUACAUCGGUAAUUAAACAUAUAAACAAUUUAGUGAUAUGAAGCCUUCUAAUAUUAUGCUUGCUUCCACAGAUCCACAAGCUAAGAUUAAAGUAAUAGAUUUCGGAACAGCUAAGAGAUGUGUAACUGGUGAAACAUAGACAUAAGUAAUCGGAACGGUAAUUUUGAUGUUAAUACAUAAUAGCCGUUAUAUAUUGCACCAGAAGUAAUUGAUAAAAAUUAUACGGAAAAAUGUGACAUCUGGUCAUGCGGAGUAAUUCUAUACUAAAUUUUAACUGGAAAAUUUCCAUUUGAAGUCAAAGUUUCAAGCUUACAACAGAUUUUCAACAACAUCAAAUCUGGGAAAUAUAAUUUUACAUCUAAAGAAUUUACUUCAUUAUCGUACGAGGCUCAGGAAUUGAUUAAGUCAAUGUUGCAAUUCGACCCAAAUAAAAGACCCUCAGCUCAAAAGAUCUUGGAUGAUCCUUGGAUAAAAGAGAAGGCAAGAGAAGAAAAGAUUAGCAAGGACGUUAUGAAUGAAUUGGGCAAAUUUAGAGUACUAUUGAUGUUUUACAUAUUAGAAUGAAAGUAAUAUGAGAGCUGCCAUUCUGUAACUAAUUGCAGGGUCAGUUAUGUCGAAUGACGAAAAAGAGUAACUCACUUCAACAUUCUAAAGUAUGGAUAAAAAUAAGGAUGGACAACUAUCAAAAGAAGAAUUAAUUUAAGGUAAUUUAGUUCUAAACCUAAUAGCCUAUACAUAAGUAUUUAAUGAUGAGUUGAAGGCUAAGCAUUUGGUUAAUGAAAUCUUUGAUUAAAUAGACCAAAACAAAUCUGGCAAGAUAAGUUAUACAGAAUUUCUUGUGGCAUCUGCUAAACAAAAUAUUAUUCUUUCUAAAACUAAAAUUGAUUAAGCUUUUAAGAUGUUUGACAAAGUAAUCUCUGAAUCUUAUAUAAUGAUAGGAUGGAAAUGGAGUUAUAACAAAGCCAGAACUAUAAGAUAUAAUGUGUGGUAUUGAUAUUGAUAACACUGAAUGGAGUUAAAUAAUAUCCUAAUGUGAUAAAAAUAAUGAUGGAAACAUCUAAUAUGAAGAAUUUGUAUCCAUGUUGUUGACAGUGGUCAAUAAAUGA